UGAACUCUGACACAUCUUCCUCUCCAAUAUGGCGGCGUUGUUUACGUGAGAGUGUUAGCCAUGUUGCAUAUCUUUCUAGCUGUCUGCCUGCUUGUAGCCGCGUUUUGAGCCGCCAGAACAGGUUUUAUGAUCGAUACGGCAAUGGACGUUGAAGUUGGGUAAAUGUUUACAAUCUGGGGUUGAUUACUGAGGACAAAUACUGAUAAAGAAGCGUCGUAAAGACGUUUGUUGACGAAGCGAACACAUUAAAGGCAACGGACAAAAACAAAGAACACGAAAAUCGAUGCAGCCUGAGUGUAACACAUCUGUGAUAGACGAGCAGCAGAAAACAGAUCCACCUGAGAACUUCCGAAAUCUUAAAACAAACCUGCAGAUCCUCAUCUGAGCUGCAAACAACGAGAGUGAAGAGGAGAAUCACAGCUGGAGUGAAGAUGUCUCAGAUGGUAAACCUUCAUUCAGAAGAUCCCAGUGAGUUUGUUUUGGUUCCUGUAGCAUCAGAACAGGAUGAGACAGAAGACCAGAAAGGUUUCACAUAAUGAUGGGGCAUCAUGCCUCCGUUCUCUGUCUGGCCAGAGGGCCUCAUCAACAUCACAGGCGAUGUCCUCCUGGUCCAAACAGUGCUGGAAGUACCGCCUCGAGUGCCUCAUGAAGCCCUGACAGGCCUCAAAGGCCACAUCUCCACAAGCCUCCUCCAUGGCUUGAAGCAGUGGGACCUGGCACUCUGGAUGCCUUUCGUACACCUUCCACCUCCAGGCUGAGAAAAACUCCUCAGUGGGAUUGAGGAAGGGGGGAAUAAGGUGGAAGUUUCACCCAAUAUAGAAGAGGUUCCCUGGAGCUCAACUGUAAGUGAGCAUGAUCCAGAGGCUGUGCACAUAAAGGCUGAAGAGGACAAACUGAGGUUCUCAUUCACUGCUGAAAUUGUAAAGAUGGAAGAAGAUGAAGAGAAACCACAGUCCUUAAUCCUUCAAAUUAAACCUGAAGAAAAUGGAAAGGAAGAAAGUCAGACCAGCAUCUCAGCUGAACAGAUGAUCUCAGAGACUGUCGGAGAGGCGAAUGAAAGACGAGAACCCGCCUGCAUCUCAGACCCAUAUAAUAACUUGCAGCCAAAUACUGAUGAAGAUUAUCCAGAAUCCUCUGAAAUUGAUCUAGAGUCUUCACAUUUUGUCACGAAGAAACGGACAAGAAGAUUGAAAGUUGAUGUUUUGACAAUGCUCCAGGACAUUAGCGCAGAAAACUCCGACGGAGGUCAAAUAGAAGAAUUUGAGGACGAUGAAGUCAGUGACCCGACAUUUAGUCCUGAUUCUUCUUCUUCAUCAUCUGACUAUGAUGAGCCAGAAAAGAGGCCCAGGCUUCAAGCGGCUGGAGAGAGUCGACUCGCCAACAAUCCUGUAUCAUCAGAGCCAUCGGUGGAUGGUCCAGCAGUUACUGCUUCCUUGGAUUCUUGCCACAGUGAGACAGCCAAAGAUGGAACUGUGUGGACCCCUGUGGAGCCUAAAGCAACAGGAGGGAGGUUCCAGUCACAAAAUAUACAUACAGAGAAAGAAGGUCUAACUCCAUAUUCAUGCCACAAUAUUAGAGACCCUCUAACUGCAUUUGUGUGUCUCGUGGAUCGUGUCAUGCUGCAAGACAUCUGUGACUGUACCAUUGCAGAAGCUCAUCGGUGUGGAGAGAAAAAAUGGGAGCUGAGCAUUGCUGAACUGAGAGCCUUUAUAGCGCUUCUUUUAGCCAGAGGUGUGCAUAACAGGAGGGACACGGGUGUGGAAGGUUUAUGGUCAAAAGAAUGGGGUGUUCCCUUUUUCACCUCCACUAUGUCAAGGAACCGCUUCAGGGAUAUCAUGCGCUUCCUGCGGUUUGACCAAAAACACACACGGUGCACUCGCUUGUCCAAUGACAAAUUUGCCCUGGUGUGCAACGUGUGGGACCGGCUUAUUCAAAACAGCUUAGCCUCUUUUAAACCAGGAGCAGAAAUAACUAUUUACGAGCAGCUGUUCCCCACUAAGUCACGCUGCCCUUUUACACAGUUCAUGCCCAAAAAAACGUUCAAAUUCGGCAUUAAAUUCUGGCUUGCUGUGGACGUGGACACAAAAUACAUUUUCAAUGGGUAUCCCUAUUUGGGAAAGGAUCCGAGCCACCCUACCACACAGAGACUUGGGGAAGAUGUAGUUCUGACACUGAUGGAGCCUGUUCUUGGGGAGGGGAGAAAUGUGACCACUGACGGCAUCUUUACAUCCCUCCACCUGGCACACACACUCCUGGAAAAAAACACCAGCUUGUUGGGUAUCAUCACCAAAAACAAAAUAUCACUUCCCCUCUCUGUGCACCAGAAAGCGCACAUUUAUGACACUAAAGUGAUGCUUAGCGAAAGGGCAACUCUGACAAUUUAUCAACGAAAAGAGAGGAAAAGUGUGUGCAUUCUCAGCACCAUGCACAAAUCCGUAGAGAUCACUGAGGGGCCGAAAAAAAAACCAAGCACUGUCCAAUAUUACAACAGGACACGGAAGGCAGUGGAUAUCCUGGACAAGACUCUUCAACAGUUUUCAUCAAGAGCAGCAACCAGAAGAUGGCCUGUCGCGGUGUUCUACAACAUCCUGGACAUUGCUGCUUUGAAUGCAUGGGUUCUGUAUCGGAGCUGCGUCGAUUCCAAAAUAACCAGACGAGCGUUCAUCCUGGAGCUCUGCCAGGAGCUGAGGGUUGAACAUGUCCUCUGUUCAUCAAUCCCCAUCUCAUCAAGCCUGCCAACUGUACUCAUCACAGGAAAAAGGAGAAGCUGCACAAUCAGGCGAAAAUGUGCAAAAAACAAAACCUCAAAGACAUGUGUCAAGUGCCUGCAGCCAGUGUGUGGACAAUGUACAGUCAGAGCAUACAGCGUGUGCAUGAACUGUGAGUAGUUUACCACUGUGAGUAUCAUUUUUGAGUUUCAUCAUUUGAAGCAAGAGUAUGUUAUGAAGCAAUAAGCAAUUUUUAUUUUAUUGGUGGAUUAAUUUGAGUUCAGAAUUCAGUUAAUCGAUGUUACGUUCAAAAUAUGUUAUUUCCUGCUGAUCUGUGUUUAGUGUUAAUUUAUUUUUCAUUGUUUGUAAAAAUAAAUGAUAGUUUGAUCACAUCAUUUCCUUUUUGUUCAUCUGCCAUUAGAAUGUCUGUUGUUUAGUUUUUAAGCUACUUUCCUGCAAUAACUUGUACGGAAACACGUGUUUCAUGUAUAUUAUUUAAAAAUGCAUACAAAUGUAACAUUUAAAGUAAUGAAUGGGACAACAAGUACUUCAAAUGUAAAUAUUUGACAUAAUGUGGCCACUGUUAAUGUGCUUUUUAUCAUCUUUGAGGUUGAAAAUGCAAGAGGCCAAAUUGACCCCUUCUGGCGGUCCUAGUCUUGAUCAUUAAAUAUGUUUAAAUUCCUAUUCAUUUUCUCUCUCCCUUUUCUUACAUUUUUUGUUCUUUCCUCCUUUUAAACAUAUUUAAAUCAUUUUUUAAAUCUUUUUAUAAUUUAUUUAAAUUUUUUUUUGCUUUUGUGAAACGCCUUGUGAUGUUUAUUUUGAGAGGUGCUAUAUAAAAUAUCGGCUUCUUCUUAUAGAUAAUUGUUCUAGAAAGCUUUGAACCUAAAACUGGUAGUUGAACGGUUGUUUAGAGUAUGUGUGUAUUGCUUCCGUUGGGUAGAAGAAUGUACACUUCGGUUCUGUCAUCAUGGGUUUUGUUUUCAUCUUUCCUUCCUGCCUUAUUAAAAAAGAAAAGAAAGAGAAUUCUGACUUAUUUCCCUGAAUUCCCUGUCAGAAUUCUGAGAUUAAAAGUCAGACAAAUGGCGUUGCGUGUGUCCGCACUGACGCAGACGGAGAAGCAUAAAUCAAGCGUGACAGCGGGACGUCCCGAAGGUCCGCUCACCUGUUCACCGCUCAGACGUCCUGAUCUUCUACCUUCCCAGAUCAUCCAACUGUAACCUGUUUCUGAUCAUGUCUUUAGUCCCGCUGUAACACUGAUGCAUCAGUCUCUAACAUCAUGGAGCUCAGGUGUUAUUAGAACUACCUGUGUGUGUUUACCGCCCAGCUUCAGCUCUUCUGUGGUUGGGUCUGACCCAAGUUAGUAAAUAUGAGUCCUCC